AUGAUAGUGUCCUUGUUGCUCUUUUGCUUUUUAUUUCUUCAGUCUGUACAGAGUAGUGAUGUGCAGUUUCAAUACAACACUCCUCCUGAAUCAAUACUCACUACUGAUGGUGGCAAUAGGAUCAAUGGAGUACAGGAUCGGAGAGGAAAGGACAUCAUUUUGGGAGGAUUGUUCACAGUACAUAAUGAUGCAGAAGGAUCUGCUGGUGCUAAGUGUGGUGACAAAGUCUGGGGCCAAGGCAUUGAAACAUUAGAAGCAAUGUUUUAUUCACUAGACAGCAUAAACAGUGAUCCUGAUCUGUUGCCUAAUAUAACCCUUGGAUAUGAUAUCAGAGAUACUUGUCAAAGUGAAAAUAUAGCUCUCGAUGAAAGUGUCAGCCUUGUCUUUACAAAUACUGAUGCUGAAUCUGGUACUUGUAGACCAUCAGAAGCAUCAGGUAAUGACUCUACCCAAAUACCAGUGGCAGCAACAAUUGGUCCUUUGGAAAGCUUUGUAACUAUUCCAGUGGCUAGUUUUUUUCGUCUUUUCCAAAUGCCUCAAGUUAGUUAUGCCUCCACAUCAACUGUACUUAGCAAUCGUAACCAGUAUGGGUAUUUUUUCCGGACUUUACCUCCAGACGAUUUACAGGCAAAAGCAAUAAUUGACAUCAUACUCCAUUACAAUUGGGACCAUGUUUCGACCAUUUACACUAAUAACCUGUUUGGGGAACCACUCAACAAUGAAUUUGAAAACCUUGCAAAAGCCAAUGACAUUUGUAUUGACAUUAGUGAGCCUAUAACUGAUAACUUUAAAACACCAGAAUACAAAAAGCUGGCACAAAAACUGUUUUUCAAUACCACAGCUAGUGUGGUUGUGCUCUUUGCUGCUGUAGACCAUGCAAGUAAACUUUUUACACAAGUACGUGAUAUUAAAAAGAGCAAUACUGAAAUAAGAAAUAUUGUAUGGAUUGCUAGUAAGCCAUCUGCUGAAGCAGCCACUAAAUUCUCGAGCAAUGUUGUUGCUGGUAUGUGGGGAAUUUUUCCACCUGUAAAAAGAAGCAAGGAAUUUCAUCAAUACUUUUCAGAACUAAGACCAUUGUCUAACAAGCGUAAUCCUUG